AUGGUCGAUCAUCGUUUACUUGUUCUAUUCUUAGCUGUAGUACUGUUGGUUUCAGUAUUACAUGCUGAACGUGCUCGUAAUGAUAAUCUUCAAGAUGAAGAAGACGAAAUGGAAGGUUACAAUGAAGAUACUGAUAAUUUUCCACAAGAUGUUGUUGAAGCUAUGAAACGCUUUUUGAAAGGAAAGAAAACGACAACUACUGAAAAACCAAGUUCAGAUGCCAUUAUAGCUUUAUUUUCAACAACAACUCGACCUAGUAUUACUCGACCAACUCCGUCGAAACCAUCAAUUUAUGAUGAUACAUUCGGCAGGAAAACUAGUAGUACCCCUUGUAGUACAUCACGAUAUGGUCGUACAACAAAAUCAACAGGUAAAGAUGCAUGUGGCUAUGUCAGCCCAUGUAAGAAUGGCGGUACAUGCAAAACAUUAUCAAGUGGACGAUACUAUUGCUUUUGCACACAAGAUUAUUAUGGAAAACAUUGUGAAAAUAAAUUUAUAACAAGUGGUAAUACUGAUCGAUUACCUAAAGAUCAUUGUUCUAAAUCACCUUGUCGUAACGGAGGUGAAUGUGUUGGAUUACGUACAACAUAUUAUUGCCGGUGUAAAUCACCUUACUACGGAACAAAUUGUGAUAAACGUAUUGGAAAACGUGAAGAAUCAAUUGAUGAAUCAAGUUCAUCUGAACAAAAAUUAGAAGAAGUUAAACGCGAUUUCGAAGGAUAUAAACAAGAUUUAGAACAAGAUAAAGAAGAUUUACGACGAGCUAUUGCUAAUGAAAAUUUACUUGAAAAUUUUGAAUAG